AUGGACGUGGGGUCCUGCCACCUCGGCGGCAACGCCGACGCGGUGGAGUUCUGCCCGCACCGCCCCUUCCGCCACAUCCUGGCGGCAGCCACGUACACGCUGCAGGAGCAGGCGGGAGAGGAGCAGCAGCAGCAGGACCGCGCGGGCACCGUAUCGCUCUUCUCCGUGGACGCCGGCGCGGAGGACAAGUCCCGACGGCUCCGGCUGCUCAACACGGUGGAGACCGCCGGCGUCUUCGACAUGAAGUGGAGCCCCACGGCGCCGCUGCUCGCGCAGGCCGACGCCCACGGACGCCUCGUGCUCCGGCGCCUCCAGCAUGAAGACGGCUCGGACGAAGGUGUUGUUCUAACAGAUGUGGUUGCUGGAAACAUUUCUUCAUCAAUGUGCUUGUAUGUGGACUGGAACCAAAAUGCCGAUUCCCUGGCCGUUGCAUUAUCAGAUGGUUCACUGUCUGUGGUUCCCAUGAGAGAGGACCGCCUGGAGGUAUCAGAACAAUGGACUGCUCAUCAGUAUGAAGUUUGGACAUGUUAUUUCGAUCGUGCAAGACCACACUUGUUGUACAGUGGAUCGGACGACUGCUCUUUCGGUUGCUGGGAUUUGCGGGAAAGCCCAUCGAAUGCUGUGUUUCGGAAUAAGAAGACUCAUACUAUGGGUGUGUGUUGCAUUGCUUAGAACCCAUUGGAGGGGAAUAUGCUACUCACUGGAAGCUAUGACGAAUUUCUCAGAGUUUGGGACAUGAGAUCAGUGGCGGAGCCAGCCAGCUGAAGGAGCCGGGGCAAAGUCUUUACACGGCGAUGUUGCCCGGCAUUUGCCCAAGUAAUUAGUACUGCAAAUCAUGGUUUCUUUGCAUUGUUUAGUGAAAAAUGGCCGGAGCAGCCCGGGCAGCUGCCCCAGGUCGCCGGGAGCU